ACAUAUUACCGCGAAGAAAUAUCACACAGUGCAAGAGAACAAAUGGCAGUAUUUGGCAACUUUAUUUAGUCAUGAAUUUAUAGAAAGCAAAUACGAUUCUUAUGGUAGGCAAAUAAUUGUUGAUGUACCAUUAUGGAAUGGGAACCUAUAUCUUAAUUUUAAAUUCGACAUCACUGCUGACAUAAAAUUUGGCCGAGUUUUUGCCUCUGAAUCACCAAUGGGUAAUGAUUUCGAAAGUAUCUUGGAUGAUGGUAUGUUUUCUGAUGUAGUGAUGAAAUCUGUUGAUGGUACGGAAUAUAAAGUGCACAAGGUUGUUUUGGCAAGUAGAAGUUUGGUGUUAAAAGCACAUUUUGCGCACCAUACAACUGAAUCUGUCCCAAAUGUCAUAGAAUCUCCUUUUGAGGCACAUGUAUUGUUCGAAAUGUUGAAAUUUAUUUAUAGUGAUAAAGCAUCCGGAGUUCAUGAUAUACCUGAAAAAUUAUUGGCUGCGGCUGAAUUUUACCAACUUAGCAGACUUAAAACCUUAUGUGAAGAUGCCUUACACAAGAAGCUUACUGUUGAAAAUGUUCUAGAAACUUUAGAAUUAGCAGAUCUAUAUUCUGCUAAGACAUUGAAACAAUUAAGCUUAGAAUUUAUAAAAUUUUAUCAAUCUGAAAUGUUGAUAACCAAAACAAAGGCAUGGUCUAACAUUAAGUCUAUUGAUUUGAUAAAAACAAUUUAUGAAUAUAUCAUGGUUGAUGAACCGAAUGUCAAAAAAGUUCAGUGUAUGGAGUCACCGCACCACACAGACAUUGUAUAAGUUCUGAAGAGAUUGUAUUGACAAAUAUUUUUUGCACUACCAAGUUAUAUCAAAAAUUCAUAAAAAUGUAGGUACACAUUCUUAUUAAUAAUUUACUAUGUUUGCAUUAUGUUCAUGUGUGCAUGCGGACACGCUGGACUUUAUAUAUACAUAAUAUAUCUAUCCCUGUAUCCGUAGAUAGUUGUAGCUUAAAGGUGGCUUAGGGCUGUGGACUAUGAGGGGUCCAGCUCAGUAAAUCAGUCAGUAGCUCAGUCUUACAAAAACUUACUCUUAUAAACCAUUCUAUUACUCAAAGUGCCAAUCUUAUAGAAAACUAAGCAAUAUUUUUAUAUUAACUGCUAAAAGGCAUUUAAUUUCUCAAAAUUGGUCCCUUUAGAAUUCUUUUUGAUGUCAUUUCUGAUAUACUAGAUACUACUACUACAAAAAAAUCUAUUGGUACCUAUAUAUUUAAUAUAAAAAUAUAUAAUCUAUAUAUUGCUCAAUUUGGUCAACUAAAUAUAUUAAACUAGUGCUAUUGUACUUUAGUGACAUCAAACAAGAACUAUAAGUAGAAACUCUACUUAUAUUCUAAACAUUGAAAUAUCAAAUUUAAAUGUACCUACAAAGUACCUACUUAAUAUAUUUUAUAAUAACAUUAUGUAGGUACUAACUUUAACAUAUUGAUUAAAGUAUGUUCUUACAUAUAAAUUCUAAUAAUUUUUCUGCCACUUCAUAGGGUUUUCAUUUCAACCUUACAUUUUCAUAGGAAAUAUGUUUAGAGAAUAAUUUAAUUUAUGUUUAAAUGUCCCUAGAAAACUGAAGAAUUUUUUGAGUGUGCUGUAUGAAAGUGAUGAAGUUAAGUUAUGUUACAAACUAUGUCUUAGUUUUAUGUGUUAGCAUGUGACUUAGUUUUUAAAGUGGUGAAACAACAAGGAUCUUGGAAGUGAAUUUUGAGUAUUGUUUGUAAAAUAAAAACUGUGACUGAUAGCACAUUAAAUAUAUUAGUGGUGCCCAACUUUUAUUGUUAUUUGAGGUAUAUAUAUUUAUUUUGUUGGAAGUCAUAUGACUCAUAAACAUGUAUAAAAGUG